CACACAGCUUGGGUUUGUAGCAUCCUUGUAGCUCUUCUCAUUUUGCUUUUGCAUAAAAUGCUAUGAAAGAAACCAGAAAUCAGCUGAGAAGCAAGAAUCGAGAUGUGACUUUGUAUAGAGGGAGAACAUGUGGUGAAAGUAGGGACCCGGAGGGGGAAAAACCUUUCAAUUUACAGCCUCUCAGCUGCUCUGUUCUAGCUGAGGAACAAAGGAGGAGGGUGAAAGGAGAAGUUCCCUCUUAAGGUUUUCCAUAGGCUGCCUGGAAAACCUUGGAAGGACAUCAGCCGCGGUCACAUUUCUUCAUGAAUUGGAUUCUUCCAGGAGUUUAGGAUCAUCAUGAGCAUCAUGGCCGAGGUCUGCUGGAGGAAUCAAUCACAGUAGGGUUGUCUUCAAAACACACCUGGCUCGCCUCCAGCAAGAACCAUGUAUCUGACCUCCACCCAAACCCUGACCCCGUUCCCCGCCCCCACUCUCUCCCUCACCACCUUCACUCCUCUUCUCACAGCUUCAGCAGAGCCCAGAGCUGAGCCAGAACACAUAACGUCCAGGACCACCUUCAGCUCCGUCACAUCGUCCACCAACGAGACCAGCCUGAACUCCACACAGCUGCCCAUGGCUUCAGUGGAAGGCGCCGGGAUGGGGAUGGUGCUCGUGCCCUUUGGUAUCAUCACAGUCAUUGGGCUGGCUGUUGUCGUGUUUAUAUACAUCAAGAAAAAGAAAAGGCUGGAGAAACUGAGACACCAGCUGAUGCCCAUGUAUAACUUUGAUCCAGCUGAAGAACAGGAUGAUCUCGAGCAGGAACUCUUGGAUCAUGGACGAGACGGAAGCCCAGGAGGACCAAACUCCAAAACACUGACCACAAGUCAGGGAACAACUCAGAAGCCCAGUCGACUGGUUUUCACUGACGUGGCUGAUGCCAUUAAUGCAUGACCACACUCUCAUGCUGCACAAGAAGAAAGAGGUACAGAAAACUGGACAUCAAGUCACCGGGAUUCAGGAAUAUCUGCAUUAAUAUUUGGUAUGAUAUUGGGUUAAUUGCUGCUUUUGUAGUUAAUAAUUUCUUAAACAAAAGAUAUGACCCCAAGUGUUAAAGCAAUAUCUCACUCCAAAAUGAAAAAUAAGCUGAAACUUGACUCACCCUCAGGCCAUCCAAGAUUUCCAGUUUGUUUUUUCAUGGGAACAGAUUUGGAGAAAUGUAGCAUUGCAUCACUUGUACAUCAAUGGAUGCUCUGCAGUGAAUGGGUGCCGUCAGAAUGAGAGUCCAAACAGCUGAUAAAAACAUCACAGUAAUCCACUCCAGUCCAUCAGUUAAGAUCUUGUGAAGCCAAAAUCUUCAUGUUUGUAAGAAACAAAUCCAUCAAGGCUUUUUAACUUUAAAAAGUCCAUAAUUCAUGAUAUUACUUCGUCCAGUGAAAAAGUCCAUCUCCUAUCCCCACUGACAUAUUUGUUUUGGCUUGUUAAUGGUGAUUGAUCUAUGCGAGUUUUUCACUUCAGAAAGCAAUAUUAUGAACAGAUGACUCAUAUUUGAAAUUACUUGUGGAUAAUUGUGAUGUUUUUAUUAUAAGCUGUUUGGACUCUCAUUCUCAUGGCACCCAUUCACUGAAGACGAUCCAGAGGACUGUUCCUUUAAGAACAUUGUAUUUUUUAAAUUAUGACAAAGAACAUAAACCCAGAAUCUCUGAGUGCAAAUGACAGAAAUUAUUGCAACAAAUACACAGUGAUGAGAAUAUUUUUUAUAUUACACAUUUUAAGGACACUAAAAAAAAAAAGAGAAAAAGGUCUUCACUACUCCAGAAGUCAGCUGGAUCUGUAUUAUUUUCAUUUCUAUUGUAAGACUCACUUAAAACCUCUUGGUUUUUAAAAUAUGCAUAAUGUGACGAUGUACAAAACAAUGAUUUUAGAAACACUGAAUUAGGCUAACUAUGCUUCCGAAUGAUUGAUAAAAAACCUUUUAUUUUUAAGAAGGGAAUCCAAAUACAAUUUUGAACUCCUUUUGUUUGUAAGAACACUGUUAAACACUGUAGCACAAAAGUUCUGUCACAUUGUAUGUGAAUAUGCAUAAAUGAUGAUUUUUUUUCCCUGUGUGUGUGCGGCGCGUGUCUGUCUGUCUGUGGUUGUGUAGAUGAAAUAGCAAAUUGUAACAAUUCUCUGUGCACCACAAACCAGCAGCGGGUCAUUUUAAAGACAUUUUUAUCUUUUGCGACAAUGAAGGACAUAAUAAAAGGAUAUUUACACGA